GAGUUUGAGGACUACAUGGCGUCUCUGUUGGAUUUGGACAGUAGUCCACAGAGAGUCCCUCGACAGGUGAAUCCAAAGGGGACCAAACCGCGCCUUCAGGAGCUUUCAGUAAAGACCACCAUAAUCUCCCGGUACGCAUUUACCGCUGUGUCCUGCACUAUGUUCAACCAGCACGCCGCGGCAACAGAAGGAGUCUUCCAUUUCCCUGUCCCCGCGGCCGCUUACGUCUCCAACUUCACCAUGAUUGUUGGAGGACGUGUCUACCCCAGUCAGGUGAGACCAAAGGAGAAGAGGGCAAAAGUGGUUGGAGAGGAAAAUAAUGGCAAACCUGGAAAAAAAGAAACAACUGCGAAACAAAAUGAGAGUGAGAUGGAGAUAUUCCGCAUGGCGGUGACUAUCCCAGGUCGUAACCGUGCUGUGUUCCUGCUGACCUAUGAGGAGCUCCUGGAGAGGAGACUGGGCCUUUAUGAGCAUGUGACCCGUCUUCAGCCGCUGCAGCUGGUUGGUCGACUGACUGUCGACAUCACCAUUGUGGAACAUUCAAGUAUCACACACUUAGAAGUCUUGCCACUGCGUAAUGCCAAAUUCCCUUUCACCCGUGGCAUUCCCGCAAAAACAGAGAGCAAGCCUUCCCCACCAGUCUCCACAGUGAUCAGACAGAAUGAGACGUUCUGUAAGAUCAGCUUCAGUCCCACCAUCUUCCAGCAGGCCAAAAUCAGCACUAAAGGCAUGCUGGGAGACUUUGUAGUGCGCUACGAUGUGGAGAGAGAAAUGGGCAUAGGUGAUAUUCAGGUGCUGGACGGACAUUUUGUGCAUUAUUUUGCACCGAAAGACUUACCUGCUGUGCCCAAGAAUGUAGUGUUUGUGAUUGACAGCAGUGCAUCUAUGCUGGGGCCCAAAAUCAAACAGACAAAAGAUGCUCUGUUCACUAUUCUCCGAGAUUUGCGUCCCAUUGAUCACUUUAACUUGGUAACAUUCUCCAAUCGGAUUCGUGUGUGGCAGCCAGGCAAGUUGGUGCCUGUCACACCAAACAAUGUGAGAGAUGCCAAGAAGUUCAUCUUCAUGAUUUCACCUACUGGAGGCACAGACAUUAACAGUGCCAUCCAGACAGGCUCCUCCAUACUAAGCGAUUACCUGUCUGGGUCGGAUGCCCAGAACAACAGUGUGUCGCUGCUCAUCUUCCUGACGGACGGACGGCCCACGGUGGGCUUGUUAGAGACAGGUGGUAUCCUCGGUAAUGCCCAGUCGGCAGCGCACAGACAGUUCUGUAUCUACACAGUGGGUAUGGGUGGAGAUGUGGACUACCGUCUGCUGGAGCGUAUGGCACUGGAGAACUGUGGCACGAUGAGGAGGAUCAGUGAGGAUGCUGAUGCCAGUGCCAUGCUCAAAGGGUUUUAUGAUGAGAUUGGCACUCCUCUGUUGUCUGAUAUUCGUGUGGAGUACUCUGAGGACACAGUGGAAUACGUCACUCGCCACCACUUCACCAACUACUUCAACGGCUCUGAGAUGGUGGUGGCUGGCAAACUGACCAAUCGCAGCGCAGACCAACUGCACGUGCAGCUUACAGCCAGCAGCAGCGACCGCAGCAUUGUCAUGGAAACAGACGUGCCGCUGCGUCAACGUGAAAAGGAAACGGAACAGCGUGUGACAAAAGCACAAGUUGGGGGCAUGGGGGCAGAAGGAUAUGUGGAGCGUUUGUGGGGUUUUCUGAGUGUCAAAGACGGACUGAGGGAACGACUACGUAGCCACAAUGGAGCGGAGAGAGAGGAGAUCAACAGACAGGCCACUAACCUUUCCCUGACCUACAACUUCCUCACUCCUCUCACGCAGAUGGUGGUGGAGAAGCCUCAGGUGUUGGCGGACGGGAGUCUAGCAGAGGCCGAGCCGACCGAAGCCCCCCAGACAGCCAAGGAUGAUCUCCACCCCGAUGGAGUGAACGGAGACACUGUUCAGAGCCUGCAGAGGAAGAAAGAACAGCCCAGUACAUUUGGAAAGAAACCCACAAAAAAAUCUGUCACAAUCUCCAAAACAUCCGCGGAUGGUGAUCCACACUUUGUGGUAGAGUUCCCUCUGAGUAAACUGACUGUGUGUUUCAACAUUAAUGGGGAGCCAGGACACGUCCUCAGACUGGUGACGGACCACAAACACUCUGGUGUGACAGUUAAUGGCAAACUGAUUGGGGCUCCAGCACCACCUGGUAGUCAUAAGGACCAGCGAACAUAUUUUAGCUCCAUCACUAUUGUUGUGGAUAAGCCUCGGCGCUCUUACAUUGAGAUCAGCCCACGGAAGGUCAUUUUGGACGGACUGGAUCGGAUGCUAUUGCCCUGCAGCUCCAGUAUUACCGUGGAGUCAAACAGCUUGAGUGUUGUCAUUGUCGCCAACUCCAACAUCACCGUCACCAUACAGGGAACGAUAGCUUUCGUCAUCCUGCUUCAUAAUUACAAAAACCCUGCCCCCUAUCAGCGAGAUCACCUUGGCUUCUACAUUUCAAAGAGCAAGGGACUGAGCAAAGACACCCAUGGCCUAUUAGGUCAGUUCCUAUAUGAGGAGGUAAAGCUGACAGAGCUACCAAUGAACAUUACCACCUUAACCGAAACCAUGGAAACUACAAAGCUAAAGCACCCAGCUUUGAAAGUGAAGGAUCGCACUGUUCCUGUGGUAAAGAAGAGUAGGCGGAUCUAUGCAGGAAGACAAACAGUAGACUGCUGGUUUGCCAAAAACAAUGCAGCCAAACUGAUCGAUGGCCAAUACCAGGACUAUGUGGUUUCUCACCUGUUUGACACUGGAGACUGGCCACAUCGAAGCAAUGGAUUAUAAAAUGAACA